GCCGGAGCGGGAGGGGGGCAGUCGGCUCCGUGGGGCUGCAGCCCGGGGGGCCCGGCGGCGGGAGCUUGGCCCAGCUGGGCGCUGCUGCUGAAGGGAUGUGGCGGGGCGCUCUCUGGGAGCGCUGCUCCGGGGAGGCGGAGCUGGAGCGCGACGCGGCAGCGGAGCACCCUGGUAGCGCGGCUCGUACAUCCCCGCUCCGCUGCGGAGGCGGCGGUGCCCGCCCCGCGCAUCCCGCGGGAGGGGAGAUGUAACCCGCUGCGGGGUCUCACGUUUCUGGUCGUCUUUGUUGCGGAAGCAAGCAAGCAUUUCUUCGUUGUAUUUUUUUCAUAUAAACCUCUCAAAUGAAAAUCUGCAAGGCUUUAACAAAUCUGUGAAGGCUGCUUCAGUGUUUUUAAACAUUCUGGACAUUUAAACCUUUCCUCCUCAGCAUCCUGGAAUGGACACCCGGGGAGCUGGGUAGUUCAUUUUCCCCCCUGAGUUUCCAGGUGCGUCCCACUCUCUUGUGGCCUGGCUCAGGUGGGCAAACACAAGGUUUGCCCGAGGCAGCGGCUGCCUGGUUUGUAGGAGUCUCUUGAUUUCGGGGUACUUUAGAGCACUCAGCGGCUCUUUUGUCCAUAACUAAAUGUCCAUGGGGACCUGUCCCCAGACUCACCCUUUCUGUGAAAUUUAGGGUGGGUUACUUCAGACUCUGUGAAACUGCAAAUAGACCAAAGCUGAUAGCUCUAUGGCAGAGCUGGGGACUGUCACACAGAUGGACAGAUGAGUAUUCAUGACUGGCUGCUUGCAUGUGGUUUCCUGUGUUGCAAGGAAUAAAUGAUACAGAAAUCAAUGCACUUGCUAGUUGUUUUGUAGAAGGUAAUAACAUGGAGAGGUACUACUGAGUACAGAAUUACUACUGCAUAGGCAGGGAAUGCUGUAUAAAAGGUUUGUGGCUUUUGUUUGUUUUUAUGGGGUUUUUAGGUUUUGGUUUUUUAAAUACUAAGUAUCCUAAAUAUUUACUGUUUACUGCCACAAGAAUGUUGGAAACAAUAAAAGUAAUGAGAUCUGACCUUUACCAAUAUUAUUUUCCCUUAUGGUGCACCAAUGUAGUGUGACCAGUCCCCACCAGUUUGCUGGGUGCCACUUAGGGUGUGCAGUUCUCUACCUGUGUAAGUGGCACUUGCUCUCAGUGUUCAGCAUGGCCAAAAUCCAAGUGAGAGAUUUGAGGUCUAAUCCCACAAACCCUUCCUUGCAUGAAGCACCUCAUUUGCUUUGGGUAAACAAACCAAUGUAACCCUUGCUUAUAGGAGCCUGUGCGAGCAUGCAGAGUGAAGGGGUUUUUAGUGCUAGUAAUAUUUGCUGCCAUUGAACAACCUGCCCUUGUUUCAAAUGGGAGUAGUUCUGGGUCCUGACCCAGGGGUAGGAGGGUUCAGCUCCAGCUAAUCCUGGCUGCCUGAAGUUUAUUUUUAGUUCAGAAUUAGCCGAGGUUCAAUGUGAGCAGCGUGAGGGAGCCUAGACCAGUUCACAGUGCCUCUUUCAGGGAACGACUUCAGAUGAUAUGGGAAAGAAACAAGUGUGCCCGCCUCGUGCCCUUCCUCCAGUGCCAAGUGGAAGCCAAGAUGAAAUUCCACUCAGUCGUCCCAAGAAAAGGAAACCCAAAGGAAAGACUCCAUUAGAUGGCAUUGUGCAAGCAGCGGUUCGUCGGCAGUCAGAAAGCAGCGAGCCCCUGACCCCUGAACCUCCUGAUGCCCCUCCUCAGAGGAAACGCAAGAAGAAGAAAGUACCUACUGAUUCUGAGACCUCUUUUACCCAGCAGAAUGUGGCAUCCCUAUUUCAGAAUGGAAAUGGCAUGGAUGUCCCUGAGGCUGAAGAAACGGUGAUCCGCAAACAGAGAAAAAGAACAAAGAAACCUCGGCCAGCCGAAGUGAGCUCCAAUGAGCUGGAAGUGGAGGAGGAAGACAUCAUUGAAGAUGAGCACAGAAAGAGCCCAGAUCAGCAGCCUGUGUUUGCUGCUCCCACUGGAGUUAGUCAGCCUGUUAGCAAAGUGUUUGUUGAAAAAAAUAGGCGUUUUCAUGCAGCUGACCGUGCAGAAUUGAUUAAAACCACUGAAAAUAUCAAUGUCCUUUUGGACGUGAAGGCUUCAUGGACUACUAGAGAUGUUGCCCUCUCAGUGCACCGAAGUUUCAGGGUGUUGGGCCUCUUCAGCCAUGGCUUCCUUGCUGGUUAUGCUGUAUGGAACAUUGUGGUUAUCUACAUUUUGGCAGGAAAUGAGCUUUCCAUGGUUUCUAACCUGCUUGAGCAGUAUAAGACAAUAGCAUAUCCAGCUCAAAGUUUGUUCUAUUUUUUGCUGUCUAUCAGUACAGUCUCAGCCUUUGACAGGAUUGAUCUGGCAAAAGCAUCAGUUGCACUGAGGGGCAUUCUUACCCUAGACCCAGCAGCACUAGCUUCUUUCUUGUACUUUGCUGCUCUUAUCUUAUCCUUAAGCCAGCAGAUGACAUGUGACAGAAUCCACCUCUACACGCCACCUUCGGAAAAUGGCAGUAUCUGGACUGCAGGUACAGAGGCAGAAAUUGUUCAUUCCUGGGUUGUGGUGAAUCUUGUAGUGUCUGUUCUAGUUGGGACAAGUUGGAUCUUCUUAAGUUCCCGACCAGAGCUAGACCACAGUGAAGAAUUGAUGUUCCAUUCUGAAAUUGAGGAAUUUCCUCAUGGAGAUGUCAUACCCAGAGUCCAGCCAUAAGUGUGAAACAAGAAUCUGCAUAUAUUGUAGCUGUGACUGAUGGCUCAGCAUGUUGUGUAUUAUAGCUAUGUAUUAUAAUUUUCAUAACGAAAAAAAAGUAUUUUUAUAUUGUAUAUAUUUCAUAAUGAUCUUUUUAUGUAUGUUACAGUUUCCAGAUGUGAUUGAAAACUUUUAUACUUCUGCUUUUUAUUUUACAAAGCAGAUUAUCCCUAGUGCAUAAAGUCAAGGUGAUUUUGUAAAUAAUGCUACCUACAUAGCCAAAGACACUAGAGUGAUGCAGAGGAUCAGGUGUUCAGUGCUUUUUUGACUGCUGCAGAGUCUUCAACAACCUGCUUUUGUUACUAAUGCAAACAGCAGUUAGCUUAUCUGAUUUGGUUAAACAUUUUCUAGAGAUUAAAAAAAAAAUCUUAAAACAAAAGUAGCCUAAGGAAAAUCUGUAAUGAAACAGAGUUAGGAAACAUAAACCCCACCAAGUUAGUAAUCUUAAAAUAAUCUACAUUUAUUUGUGAUAAAAUAUUUUUCUAGAAUAAAAGAUUAAAUUGACAGGAUUUUGUUUAAUAAUCCAUAAAAGAGGAUUAUUAAAAUCCACUUUUUAAAUCUUCAUUUAGUUCUCUUGACAAAAAUCUUGAUGAUGACAAGUUCUUAGCGGCUGACGUAGAUAAAAGACAAAGACGUUUUAAUGUUGCAGCAGUUGGUUUGGUUAAAUAUAUCUUCUCGUCAAACAGGGUGUUUUUGUGUUGCAAACAGGAUGUAUCCAUGUCUUGUAAUUUCUCAACAGUCAAGAAGUGUAACUAUUCCAAAGCCACUCACAAGAAUAGUGUUCUGAUUUCUCCUUAUCUGGUAUGGCAGGAGCAAUCAUUUUAUUCACUACUUUCUAAACAAACUUCGAUUUCAUAGAUGUUAAAAAUGUUCCUACCUAUUUUCAUGGAGAUUGUUUUCUGCCAAAGAAUGGGAAAAUUCUUCCUAAAAUUACAAGAAAAUGCUUAUUAAAUCAACCCAAGAAGUCUGCAGCAACCCACCUUCUAUGCAGUGCCAUAGCAGUGAUUGUGGCAGGUAAUGGGUUUUGCUGACAAGAUCCAACAUUCCUUUUCCUUUAAUAUAAAGUGGCAAAAUGAAAGCAUUGCAGAUGUGAAUAAAUACAGAUAUAAUGCAGGAAGAAACAAUCUCUUUAGUAAACACAGAUAAGGUCUGGUUUGAAAGCCAUUUUUCAAGCAAAUACCACCUAAAGCCCAAAACUUGUUUGUAUGUGUUACUUAACAUAUAUUGAUUUUGCCUUGUUUGAUUUAGUA